AUGCUUAAUUGCAUCGACAACUCAGGAGCCGCCGUUGUCGAAUGCGUCAAUGUUUUGAAGAAGAAGAGUCCUGCGACUAUUGGUGACCGCAUCGUCGUCGUCGUCCAGAAACAACGAAACUUCGGUCCCGAAAACUCCACAAACAGCGGCAUCGCCAACAAAGUCCGUCGAGGAGAUAUUCGACAUGCAGUAGUCGUCCGAGCGCGCAAGGAAAUCCAACGACCGGAUGGAAGUCUUAUCAAAUUCGACGAUAAUGCGUGUGUUUUGGUCAAUAAAUCUGGUGAUCCUAUCGGUACUCGAUUGAAUGGUAUUGUCGGGGCUGAACUACGAGGAAAGCAGUGGUCAAAAAUCUUGUCGCUGGCACCGAUGCAUUUGUAA